AUGGAAAUCUCGAAGCUAAAAUUGAAACAUUUGGAAUUGGCAAAGGUGCCGCGGCAAUCUGAUACCCUAAAGAUACAAAAACUGGAUAACCUGGAUCCAUUGAACUGGAUGCACACAAUACGCGAAGAGUGGGGAGUCGACGGAUCCAAAGUCGCCGUUGACCAUACCCUCUUUAGUUCGUGGCUCUGGGGCAAGGCUAUCUAUCCACAGAAGCCAUUCUGCAUCGGCAACGUAGUGUCGAUUAGGGAUUGGAGGACGACGAAACAAAAGAAAUUAAAGUUCCUGAAGCAGCACCAGCGCACUUUUCCUAGCAGUGAGGGGGAGGUACAGGACAAGUUAGAGGCUUUUGAGAUAUGGCUGCAUGAUUAUAUUGAUAAGAAGAAUAGUGGAUUUAAGACGACUGAUGAUCUGCCACACCACGAAUCCCUUUACGUGCGAGAAACGCAGUUCAAGUCUUCGCGUGACAGCACCGUGGAAGCAGUGUUAUCUAAGCUGAGUUCAUGCAUCGUCGUUAACUUCGUGUCUGACAUUGAUUAUUUGAUGAGGCGAAUGUCAGGCUCGCACAGUCUAAUUCGGGCUCUUUCGUUCACCAUACCGUCUCUGCGUGACUUUGGUUCGUUCGGUCAAUCCGUGAAGGCCGCCCAAUCUGCUUCUCCAUCCUCUUUCACGUAUCCAUUUAUUAGUUCUGAAGCGCCGUUAGAUGCCCAUUCUGUCUUAUCUGCGGCCCUAACAUUGUUAAGGGUGCUCCUAGCAAAAGCCCUCCACUCGUUGGCAACUCCAAGACCAAACUUGGCUUUAAUCUUCAUGCAAGCCUCAAACCUGGGGCUCGCGGUGACGAUGACUGAAUCGACGCUUUCCAGCCCCUCUGUCCCCUCUAUCUGUGACUCCGGAACGCAACCUGCCGUCCUCCAGACAGUCUUAUGGACCGAUGCUCACCUAUUGGCGUUAGUGGCAGACAGGGCGAGUACGCGCCGGUACUGUCUGCAUGGCUCCGCGAUGAGUCGGAGCCUGCUGAGUCUGCCUCGUGUGACUCCAGUGAAAUCGUCCUUGAACCUAGGGCAUUCUACGCCAAUCUUCUUCCGUGGGCUUGCAAUUUUGUAUAUUGAAAGAAGAUCAAGCUACGUUAUCGAAGCGUGCGAGGCGUUCAAUGUGCCUAUACGAGCAGGUAUGCAGCUUCUCCUGAUGGCUGCGGUUUGUUCAUGUGCGAGGCAAGACACCUUGAGCGGCCAAAAUCCAGAAAACAGCAAAGGGGAAGUUGGAGCCAUCUGGGCACUUAGGCUGCCAUCUCCUGUUCCGCACCCUGAAUAUGAAAUUUUGGUGGAGCUCGUUCAUCACACCGAGUCGAACCCAGGAUUGGGACCAGCGGUUGAAGCUGGAACAGCGGAAGCCGGAUAUAGAUGCAAAUAUGAGCUAGAGCGCUCGGCAAUGCCGGUAUCCUUUGAGGCGCAGCAACGAAAGGGCACCAUCAGUCUUACUUCCAUAACAUGGCGCGUAGCUUCGUGGCUAUUCAGUGCAGCAGCUGAGCUCGGUGUCCUAGUUCUCUUGUUCAGCUCAUUGCAAUUUUGUUGGCGGUGUUACGUGGCCUUCUGGAGCGGAGGCACAGAGAUCAAGCUUCUGCGAAUUCUAAGAGCGCUGUUCCUGAAGUCGUCGAAAGGCCACGCGAACGAUAGGGUCAAAAUACUGGACAGGUGCAAUGAAGCAGGGAGGCCGCUUCAUAGAGGGAAAAUAUUGACGAUAGUUGUAGUUGCCAUCAGUGAAAUACAGACCCGGAGCAUCAGAAAGGUUUUUAGUCGCGGAUCUAAGAAUCUCCGGUGCCAAGAUUUCGCUGGCUUGGAGGCGUCCAUUUUCGGACGCAAAACUCUCCAGAUAUGUCGCGUUAUGUCAUCUUCUUAUUUGAAAGAAUAUGGUUUGCAGCGUUCCAAUAUUAAGGAUAGCCUAGAUGAUGAAACAACCAUUGUCUUUUCAAAAGCAAAUUUCGUCCCGCCGAUAGCAUCGGGUAAAUCAACUAGCCUUCAUUUACCACUACGCAACGGUCACCCGCAGAUAGCAAAAUUAAAGAGCUCACAAAUUUUCCUUAGUAGUACCACACCAAAGAGGUUUGCCAGGUCACCUCACCUCACCCAAACCCCGAAAUCGCUCAAACCCAACCCAGUCAUUAAGAACUCACUGAAUCCUACAGUGAUAUGCCGUACAUACGCCAAUUUGCUCCUGAAAGUGCUCAAAUGCUUCAAUGGUCGGGUCCCUAGUCCACUACUCGCAUGGUGCGAGGGAUAA